UUUUGAUGCGGAGUUUCAAGUACCAUGCCUGCAUCCAAGAUUUCUUCAACAUAGGGGUGUUUGUUGUUCGAUGUAGAUAUGGUGGGCUGGGCUGUGGACAGCUCUACUAAGUGACAUGGCUGAGGCGGCAAUGAUGACCUUCACCCCUAUUGACAAUAAUAUUCAACAGCAUUUUGGCCCAUUCCACAUAGACGCACACGGCCAUACACGGCAUGUGGAGUCCCACCAUUUUUGCAGUCACCGCUCGAAGGAUUUUCAUCAGUGCCCGAUCUACGACUCCAACACACCCGAUGCUAGGUUGAUCAGCAUCGAGUAUAUCGUGUCUGGACAGAUUUUAAGUCGCUCCCCAAAGAAGAGAAGAAGUAUUAGCACUCACACAAGCACGAGGUGGAAAGCGGAAUUCUUUGCCUCGGGACGAAGGAUGUUGUUCCAAGUACUCGAGUGGCAUAAAGUGUCUAUGCUGCAGUCGCCCUAAUCUUAGCUGCCGCUUGGACCCCCCUCACCUUAUGAUGUCUUACACUGGUGUUAAC